ACACACACCUCCACUUUGCUGGAUGGCACAGCAGCACUAAACUCUGAGAUUAGGGAGGGGGCAACAUUUGCCCUGUAGGCUGCAGCCGGACAGCAUCAUCAAGACUCUCCAAACAUGUCACACGUGUACUCUAGUUAAAGCUGUCUGCACCGCUCCGACUCUGUGCUUUUCCAAUUCAUUUGAUUCCUUCACGAUGGAAGGGAGGUGAUUCUCCUCGCCGCCAUUUUUAGAGGAACUGCCUAUCGAAGAGAGAAACUUUGCUAGCUACUGCCUAACGUUAGCGGCUAGCUAGUUGGCCAGUAGCUUGUCUGCCUAUCAGCUCGUUGUGACAGUCAACGCUUGACAGUCGUUAGCCAGGUCAGCUUGCUUCUCGUUAAUGUGAAUUAUUCCCGCUGCCAGCCAGUAUACAUGACAAAGACAACGUUUAUUGCUCAAGUGAGCUAUUUAGUUAGACCUGAAGUCAGUGUGACCGUCUGUUGGGUAGGGCAAUUGUGCGGUUAAAUUAGCGAAUUAGCAUUGCUAACUUAUUAGCUAGCGAGUUCACACUUUGAUUUCUCUGGACUGCAUUGCCUCGUCUGUGAUUUAGCGUCCCUCUGCCGUGCUCAGGGUGACUGGAUUAAUCGGCUGUUUACACCACAUCUCGGCCUGUGUGGAUUUAUUUGAACCAGGUGCCCAUGUGCUGGUUCCUUAGGCCCAUCCAUUACUGCAGAUGAAUCUUCAGCUGCUUUGGUGUAGCUCAGCACCCAGAUAGUCCCGUCCCCGUUGUGUGGGUGAUAAGGGACUACAUUAACCAGGAUGCCCUCCUCUGUAAGGGCAGGGAGCCUGAAGGAUCCGGAGGUGGCUGAGCUUUUCUUCAAAGAAGACCCAGAGAAGCUUUUCUCUGACCUCCGAGAGAUUGGCCAUGGCAGCUUUGGCGCCGUCUACUUUGCACGUGAUGUACGCACAAAUGAGGUGGUGGCAAUUAAAAAGAUGUCCUACAGUGGCAAACAGUCCAAUGAGAAAUGGCAGGACAUUAUAAAAGAAGUAAAGUUUCUCCAAAGGAUCCGGCACCCCAACAGUAUAGAGUACAAAGGUUGUUACCUCCGUGAGCACACAGCAUGGCUGGUGAUGGAGUACUGUCUCGGCUCAGCCUCCGAUCUUCUAGAAGUCCAUAAAAAACCUUUACAAGAGGUAGAGAUUGCUGCCAUUACACAUGGUGCUCUGCAGGGGCUUGCCUACCUUCAUUCUCACAAUAUGAUCCACAGGGAUGUGAAGGCAGGAAACAUUCUGCUGACUGAGCCCGGGCAGGUCAAACUGGCAGAUUUUGGCUCUGCCUCCAUUGCUUCACCUGCCAACUCCUUUGUGGGAACGCCAUAUUGGAUGGCCCCGGAGGUGAUUCUAGCUAUGGACGAGGGCCAGUAUGAUGGGAAGGUGGAUAUCUGGUCUUUAGGGAUCACCUGUAUAGAAUUAGCGGAGAGGAAGCCUCCCUUGUUUAACAUGAAUGCAAUGAGUGCCUUAUACCACAUAGCGCAGAAUGAGAGCCCCACACUGCAAUCCAGUGAAUGGUCAGAGUACUUUAGGAACUUUAUCGAUUCUUGCCUUCAGAAAAUCCCCCAGGACAGACCGCACUCUGACGACAUGCUGGGUCAUGCAUUUCUGCAGCGUGAACGUCCAGACUCCGUGCUGAUGGAUCUCAUUCAGAGGACCAAGGAUGCAGUACGAGAGCUGGACAACCUGCAGUACCGUAAGAUGAAAAAGAUCCUCCUUCAAGAGGCCCACAACGGACCCACAGCAGAAGCCCAGGAUGGAGACGAGGAGCUGGAGCCGGGCGGAGGUCGGACAGGAACGGUGAAUAGUGUCGGCAGUAAUCAGUCCAUCCCCAGCAUGUCCAUCAGCGCCAGCUCCCAGAGCAGUUCUGUCAACAGUCUGAAUGAAGCAGCCCAGGACAGCCGCAGCGAGCUGGACCUGAUGGAGGGAGACCACACAGUCAUGUCCAACAGCUCUGUCAUACACCUCAAACCGGAAGAAGAGGAGAGCUUCUCUGGGGAUCAGGCAGCCAGCAGUCAACCCUCUGAGCCCCAGCCAACUCCACCUCAGGCCCCGAGGAAGCACUACCGCAACAGAGAGCACUUUGCCACCAUACGCACAGCGUCACUGGUGACCCGUGAGAUGCAGGAACACGAGCAGGACUCGGAGCUGCGGGAGCAGAUGUCAGGAUACAAACGCAUGAGGCGGCAACAUCAGAAGCACCUGAUGGGCCUAGAGAACAAGCUGAAAGGGGAGAUGGAUGAGCACAGGCUGAGGCUGGACAAAGAGCUGGAGAGUCAGAGAAACAACUUCACUCAGGAGAUGGAGAAGCUGCUCAAAAAACACCAGGCGGCCCUGGACAAAGAUCUUAAGACGUUUACCAACGACGAGAAGAAGUUUCAGCAGCACAUCCAGGUGCAGCAGAAGAAGGAGCUCAGCAGCUUCUUGGAGUCGCAGAAGCGAGAGUAUAAACUACGCAAGGAGCAGCUCAAAGAGGAACUGAGCGAGAACCAGUCGACUCCCAAGAAGGAGAAGCAGGAGUGGUUGUCCAAGCAGAAAGAGAACAUCCAGCACUUCCAGGCGGAGGAGGAGGCCAACCUGCUAAGGAGACAGAGGCAGUACCUGGAGCUGGAGUGUCGGCGGUUCAAACGCAGGAUCCUCAUCGCCAGACACAAUGUGGAGCAGGAUCUGGCCAGAGAGGAGCUGAACAAACGGCAGACACAGAAGGACCUGGAACACGCCAUGCUGCUCAGACAUCACGAGUCGAUGCAGGAGCUGGAGUUCAGGCAUCUGGGGACAAUCCAGAAGGCACGGGCAGAGCUGAUCCGGACCCAGCACCAGACAGAGCUCACCAACCAGCUGGAAUACAACAAGAGGAGGGAGAGAGAGCUGAGGCGCAAGCAUGUCAUGGAGGUCCGACAGCAACCCAAGAGCCUCAAGUCUAAAGAGCUUCAGAUCAAGAAGCAGUUCCAGGAGACUUGUAAAACCCAAACCAGGCAGUACAAGGCCCUCAGGAACCAUCUGCUGGAGACCACACCCAAGUCUGAUCACAAGGCCGUGCUCAAGAGGCUGAAGGAGGAGCAGACCAGAAAGCUAGCCAUCCUGGCUGAGCAGUACGACCACUCCAUCAACGAAAUGCUCUCUACGCAGGCUCUGCGGUUAGACGAGGCUCAAGAGGGGGAAUGUCAGGUUCUAAGGAUGCAGCUGCAGCAGGAGCUGGAGCUUCUAAACGCGUACCAGAGCAAGAUCAAGAUGCAAACGGAUGCUCAGCACGACAAGGAGAGGAGGGAGCUGGAGCAGAGAGUCUCUCUGCGGAGGGCUCUGCUGGAGCAGAAAAUUGAGGAGGAAAUGCUUGCGUUGCAGAACGAGCGCCUGGAGCGAAUCCGCUCACUGCUGGAGCGCCAGGCUCGAGAGAUCGAGGCUUUUGACUCGGAGUCCAUGCGACUGGGCUUCAGCAACAUGGUGCUCACUAACCUGGCCCCCGAUUCCCAGGGAGGCUGGGGGGGAGGGGGUGGAGGUGGCCAGGGGGCUCAGGGGGGAGGCCACUGGCCCGGAGGAGGUGGAGGAGGCAGCCACCAUAGUCAUCACCAUCAGGGGGGCUCCAGCUCACAGCAGCCCUGGGGUCACCCCAUGCUGGCUGGGGGCCCGCCACCCUGGAGCCUCCACCACCCUGGAGGAGGGAAUCAGAGGGGAAGCGCGGGAGGCUCAGGAGGGGUGAGAAACAGCCCACAGGCUAUGAGGAGGACGUCAUCAGGGGGGAGGAAUGAACAGGGCAUGAGCAGGAGUGCCAGCAUCACCUCUCAGAUCUCCAAUGGAUCCCACCUGUCGUACACCUAGAACACACACACACACACACACACACACACACACACACUCACACACACACACAAUAAUGGUCUUAAAGUUGCAUUAUUGUGCACUGAGAUGACACUACAUAGACACACAACAUGCAUGCACCACACAUACUUCACACACACUUGAUAUUUCCCACAGUUCGUCUGACACACACUACACAGUACUGAGACUGGGUUUCCCUCAGCCCAGUUCCUCUCCCAUCACCACUGCUCUCUUACAUUAGUGUACUGCUAGCAGCAGUUUGUGGAAACCCAAAAGUGUUGAGACUAAUCCAAGAUGGCUGAGGGCCAUGUACACAAUGCCACAGUGCAAUAGUGUCAUUUUUAUUGUAGCCUACGGUGCUACUUUGUGUGUUUUGCCAUGUUAGUCUUUGUUGCCAUAGACCCAAAGUAAUAUCUUCAUACUAUCUACCACGGAGUUUAUCAUCAAGAGUUUAUUUGCAGUAUCCUGUUUUAUUCAUAUGUGGGGUAAAUCCAAGGCUUUUAGAUGUUGCGGCAGCACAAUAGUGGCCAUUAUGGGAAAAUUUGCACACUGAGCAAUUUUGUUGAAUGAAAUUUAAAAAUGAGAUUCCCUCACAAAGCUUGAGAUUUAAGCACAGACAUGUUACUGACAGGAAGUUUAUUGAGAUUAUUGUUUAUGUGCAGUUACAGACGAAUGAGAAGCAGGAGGUGAUGUAGGGGUCUGACUUAGGAUUGGAGAACAGAAAGUGUGAGAGCAUGAAAAGAGGACAAAGGUUGAUGUAAGUGAGAACCAGUGGGUAUCUCUGAUUUUAUGAACGUGGCACAAGGAUGUCUAAGGUGUCAUGAAUCGCUCAAAGUAUGCAGGCUUUGAUUCCAGCCUGAGUGACGUAGCGGAGAAGUCCUCCAGCAGAGAGGAAAUCUAACCUCUGUGGGCAGUGUUUUACAGGAGUUAGGAGUAUUUCUGUAGAGUGAGCAGGGCUGAAAAGAUGCCAAAGGCAAAGUUGCAGGGUCAGAUUUGUCAUUAUAAUUCAUGCCAACAUACUGUGAUGUAUUUAAUGAGAUUGUGCCAGAGAUGUCAGUGGAAGUUCAGGUAAUAUGCGGCCAAGUUAGAUGCAUGUGUUGCUUUACCAGAGUAGAGCAUUUCUUGUGCAUUCUCAGCCUCAUUUGUUCGGCUCUUGGGUUUCCACAGACCGCUGCCCACUCUUCACUCCUGCCUGCUCAGUGGACGGCCAGUCUGACACAUACUGUAGCCUUAUUAGUCCACAGCCCUCAUGACAAGGAUGGGUUUUCAGCAGCACUUAACCUCUACUUGAAUAGUAUGAAAACUAGUGUUCACUCCUCACUUGAUCGCAGUCAUUUUCUGGUCUAAUCUGGCACUGUGUUGGUCGGUGAAAUCGAUGCACUACGCAAUUAAAAUAUAAAAAAAAAAAAAAAACAACUUUCUCUGACAAAUUGAACCAUGCCUGUUGGCCUACCUCAAGGACACUCGUGCAGAGCUUCAUCACAGGGUGUUGUGACAUGACAAUGACUUGCACUUCGGCACAGGCCCUCACACACACUAAAUCAGAUUUACACACAUGCAUACAAUACAUUAGUGAAUUUUAUUCCCCAGUCAAAGAGUUUGUCCCCUUGCACACUUGGUUGAUGAAUGCAUGUACAGAGGGUUGUGAAAAUAGGAUUGGGGCAUAAAAGUGUUCAAAAAGGGGGAAAAAAAUCAUAAUUUUAGUCAUUGUUUGCUGAGUAAAUGAGUCACACACUCAGCAGUAUUUGUGUCGGGGCAACAGUUUCCAUCUAAGUUGCCUAAAAAUGCCCCAUUGUGUUUUUAAUUUAAAAGAAAAAAAGAAAAGAUCAUUUCAAGGGGCCAGAGUUUUGAACACGGAGUGUGACAGAGUAGCUUCACUAUCCCUCUGCUGGUUAGUGACUGCUGAAUGUCCCAUUGGGUGGAUGGGCGGUGAUGCUGUGAUCUCCGCUGCCAUGCCCCUGCAACCUUCCCCAGUCUGACACCCUGCUCUGUCUCACCCCCGGUGACCCCGAUGUCAUGUUGUGACCAUCCAUCUCCCUGAUUCCCCCACCUUCGUUUCCUCCCCUCCUGAGCCUGGUGUGGUCUCAUCCCCUCCCUGAGCUAUCGGGGAAGAGCUCUUUAAGUCUAAGAAAGGAAGAAGAAAAAAACAAAUGUAUAUGUAUUAUUAUAUAAAUCUAUAAAAAAGGAUUAUAGAGAAGUAGAGAUAAAGGUGGAAGUCUUAUGGAGAAAUGCAGAGAUUAUGCAUUAUAUGAUUUUCAGAGGUGGAAUGUACAGGAAACCUGUUAAUAUUGUAUAUUUUGAAUUUGAAAAUAUGGAAAUCUAAUUGACAAAUCAAAGGCAAAUUAACUACUUGUGAUGCAGACACAGUGAUGUGGUUUUAGACCGUCGGUAUUCAGAUGAACGUUUGAUUCACAGCCGCUGGGUUUUCACUGUCUUACUUGCAGCUGCGAUUUAUGAAACUUGUUACAGGUAUUCUGUUGUGAAUGAUAACAACACAGCUCUACGUAGGUCAGAUUGCCUCAAGGAAAUGGCAACAUUUUUGUGUAAUGCUGAAUGAAGAUGAUUUGCACAUAAUUUGAAAUCUAGCUAGGUGUAGCCUUUGCCUUAGCAAUGGCUAUAUUUUACUGACAUUAUACCCAACAUAGAAGACUCAACUUGUCCAUUUAGGUUUUCUCAUCGUUUUUAAAAGACUCGAGCCUAAAGUCAAGGUUAUAAUGACAGAAACAGAAAGAACUGUCUUUCAAAGAUCGAUAGAAUCUGAAAAACAUUUGGCUUCAUAAAGAAUACGAUGUGUGCUCCACAACCGAAAUUCUUGCACAAGACAGUGAAAAUAUAUGUUUAAUAUUUACAAAGGGUUACUGUUAGGUGUUGUGGGAUCCAUGGAUAUAAUUUUCAUUCAUGAAACGCGCGCCCUCCUCUGUUGUGGUUACACACAAAACAUUUUCACACUGCACUUAAGUAUUUGCCUUUUUUAAGUCUCACCACCCUGCACUCAGAGUUUAUAAUCCUGUUGUUUUUCUUGGCUCAGUUCUGAAAACAGAAGAAAAAAAAACAGAAUGUGGUGGUCCCACUUCUCUCUUCAGCCAGUAUGCCAUUGUACCCAACAUCUUUUAUCAACCCCUUUCUCCUCUUCUGUAGUGUUUUAUUUCCCUUUAUGUCAGAAAGGGUUGUUAAAUUUUCCUGAUGAUGUCUGCAGAGGGUGGCAGAUUUUUUUUAGACCUCUUCUUGUGUUUACUAGGACACCCAGGUGUUUAGCGAGGCAGUUGGGGCAGAGUCUAGCUUUAGACCUUGGUCACUCUGAACUGGAUCAGUUGCACUGAUUGCACAAGUGAUUGACCAGAUCAAAGAGUCUACUGUGAUCCCCCUCUGAGGGGCGGCUGCCGUUGGCUGAAAGUAGGCGGGAGGCAGGGUUACGUCUCUGUACAGUCUGUUUAUCAGUAUUCCCUUUAUCUCUCCUGUCAUUUGGUGGAUCUUGCUGUUUUGUUCUCCGUAGUCCAGAGACCUGUAUUAAACUGUAUUAAAUUGUAUAGAUUGUGCAAAAAGCUGAAUGUCGCAUAGCAGAAGAGAAAAGCUAUUCCUUACAGAUGACAAAGUGAUUUAAAAUGUAUAAAAGAAAUUGAGAAACAAAGUUUAGGGGAUAAAUGUAAUAUUUUGUUUGUAAUUACUAUUUUUUGUUGGAAGAGGGCUACUGGAUAAAGAAUCAUCUGUAAUAAAGUAAUUUUAAUAUUU